AUGUUGUUCGUCGACAAGCACCGCCCGAAGACUCUUGAUAGUCUAACUUACCAUCAUGACCUCUCUAGCCGUCUAAAAGCUCUAGCCAACGGCGACUUCCCCCACCUCCUAGUCUACGGUCCUUCCGGCGCCGGCAAAAAGACCCGAAUAAUAGCCACCUUAAAAGAACUCUACGGCCCCGGAGUCGAAAAGAUCAAAAUCGACUCCCGUAUAUUCACCACGACUUCAAACCGAAAACUAGAAUUCAACAUAGUAGCCUCGAUCUACCAUCUCGAAAUCACUCCAUCAGAUGUAGGAAACUACGAUCGAGUUGUAAUCCAAGACCUUCUAAAAGAAGUAGCACAAACCCAACAGGUGGAUUUAGCUGCCAAACAAAGGUUUAAAGUCGUGGUUAUCAAUGAAGCCGAUCAUUUAACCAGAGAUGCCCAGGCGGCAUUGAGAAGGACUAUGGAGAAAUAUUCGCCGAAUUUGAGGUUAAUAUUGUUGGCCAAUUCUACGGCGAAUAUUAUUGCUCCGAUUAGGAGUAGAACGUUGUUGGUUAGAGUUGCUGCGCCAACGACGGAUGAGAUUGUGGAUGUUUUGAAGGGUGUGGGGAAGAUGGAAAGGUUGGAGGUGAAGGAUGGACUUUGUAAGAGGAUUGCGGUUGAGAGUGGAAGGAAUUUGAGGAGGGCGCUGUUGAUGUUUGAGGCGGUUUAUGCGCAGAAUGAGGUCGUGAAGGAUAAUACUCCCCUCCCACCACCUGAUUGGGAAGCAUUAAUAUCCCAGAUCGCAGACGAAAUCAUGGCGGAACAUUCACCGGCAAGGAUACUCCAGGUUCGAGCGAAGCUAUACGAUCUAUUGACACAUUGUAUCCCACCGACCGUCAUCCUGAAGACUCUAACCUUCAAGUUGAUACCAAAGAUCGAUGAUACGAUAAAGGCGGAUGUGAUCAAGUGGAGUGCCUUCUACGAACAUCGAUUGCACUUGGGAAACAAACCCAUAUUCCAUUUAGAAGCCUUCGUGGCUAAAUUCUUGAGGUUGCUGGAGAGCUAUUUGAUGGAUAUGGAUUAUGAUUUCUAA